CUUAAUAUAAGGCGCACAUUUGUUUCUUCUGCAGAUAUACUGCUAGCUUUGAUUAAUUAGAUAGAUAGAUAGAUAGAUAGAUAAACAGAUAGAUAGAUAGAUAGAUAGAUAGAUAGAUAGAUAGAUAGAUAGAUAGAUAGAUAGAUAGAUAAUUUCUACCUUUUUUUCCCUACAAAAACAAGAAGAAGAAGAAGAAAUGCAGACUUUUAAAUGAACACUAAAUGAACUGUAAUUCCAUCAAAUCUAACUCUAGAGUUUCAAUGGUUCAGGGGAGAGAAAAAAAAAAAAAACAGAAAACCGGUUCAUUGUUCUGUUGUACAGUGAGGGGGGAGUGAGAGAGUGAGAGAGAGAGGGUGAUUGACGUGAAGUGUGUCGGCUGUUGCAUACAGCAGUGCAGUAGUGACAGGAUAGUUGGUUUAUAUAGCGGUGACUCAGAGCGCAGCGCGCACUCGCCGCAUGAAUGAGCGCGCGGAAGACACUGUAGACACUAUCAGCGCAGCACAGCUGCAACAGGACGCCAGAGCUGUUCAAAUGACAUGUCGUUGUAGAUCAGUAACAUAUGAAAUAAGUUUUACACAACUUUUAACGAGGCGAAUAUCAGAACUUUUGUCGUGAACGUCACGCGGCUGAAGGCGCGAAUCUGGACACUAUGCAUUGUCAAGCAGAGCUGAGACUCGCGAGCAGCGCGCAGCUGAAAGCAGCCAGAAGACGAUACAAGACCUUCAUGAUCGACGAGAUUCUCUCCAAGGAAACUUGUGAUUACUUCGAGAAACUUUCUCUUUACUCGGUUUGCCCCUCUUUAAUCGUCAGACCCAAACCUCUGCACUCAUGCUCGGGCUCUACCCCUCUGAGAACGUACCCUCUUCUGUCCGUGAUCACACACCAGCCGCCCAGCAGCCUUCCACAGUCUCCGCACCUGCCCCUUCUCUCACCCCAGCACCCGCUGACCUCAGAGCCCACUCCCAGCGAGACGCCCGUCAGCAUCAGCAGCGAAUCAGAGACGGAGCACUCCACCCCGCGGCUGAAGAAACCCCGCCGCAGCCGGACCAUCUUCACAGAGCUGCAGCUCUUGGGCCUGGAGAAGAAAUUCCAGAAACAGAAAUAUCUCUCCACUCCAGACAGAUUGGACCUGGCUCAGUCUUUGGGACUUACACAGCUCCAGGUGAAGACAUGGUACCAGAACAGACGCAUGAAAUGGAAGAAAAUGGUGCUAAAAGGAGGACACGAGGCUCCUACCAAGCCUAAAGGCCGACCUAAGAAGAACUCCAUCCCAACCACAGAGGAGAUCGAGGCAGAGGAACGGCUGGCGGCCAGACUGGCGGAGGAGGAGAGGCUACGAGCAGAAGUGGAAGAGAAGGUCUUCCAAUCUCAACCUCAAGAUCUCAGUACAUCCGCUACAUCUACUGAGUCCGUCUGUCCAGAAACCCCGGAACGAGAACAGGCCCCUCCAUCUCCGUCAGAAGCAAUGACGACCAGCUAAACGCAGCCAUGCUGAUGCACAACCAAGGACAGCUACUGAAAGACUUUUGAGAGACAGUUGAAUGGCUUCCCAAGCCUGAUUUUCAGUGGCCCCAAAAAGUAUAGGGGUACAUUAGACACACAAAAAUGUGAGUGUCAUUGCAAAAUAACAAAACAUCAAACCAAGUGGCUAGUAUAACCAAAAAAGAUACAAUUUUAAAGAGAAACAUUUCAGAAAAAUAUUCUUUUGUAGGUGUUAAAUGAUGAAACAAUUGGACGACAUGUUCACAGUUCACCUGUGGUUACUCUGAUAGGUUUGGAAGCUUGUUUCCGCCACUAAAUAAAAAAUAAAAAAAUAAAUAAAAAAGGUAAUUGUGACUUUUUAUCUCACAAUUCUGACUUUAUUUCUCAGAAUUGCUAGAUUUAAACUCAAGAGACUGCACGAUUUAUUAAGUAAGAAUCGCGUGAUAUAGUCACAAUUGCGAGUUUUUAUCACACAAUUCUCACUUUAUAUCUCACAAUAAGUCUCACAACUUUUUUUUUUUCUCAGAAUUGUGAUAUAAAGUCAGAAUUCCGUGAUUUAAAGUCAAAAUUGCGUGACGUAAUGUCGGAAUUUUGACUUUAAAUCACACAAUUCUGAUUUUAUAUCUCGCAAUUCUGACUUUAUAUCACGCAAUUGUGAGUUUAUAUUUCGCAAUUCUGAGAAAAAAAGUCAGAAUUGUGAUAUACAAACAAUUGCGAGAAAAAAACUUUACCUAUUCUAUUUUUUAUUUCAUGGUGGAAACAAGCUUCCAUAGAUAGGAUAACCAACUUUAUACAUCCACUAAAAAUCACCUUGAGGCCAUUUGUUUGCAGAUUUUGUUGUCUAAUGCAAUGACAUGCAGGCAUUUUACAGUACGCCUAAGUGUCCAAAUACUUUCCACUACAUAUGGUGAUGCAGUGAUUAAGAUUGUAACAUUGCUUUAAAUGUUUCUGUCAUACAGCUGCCUUUCUGAAAUGUAUUUUACAAAACAUUUUAUAUUAUGCUGCCAAAAUGAAUUGCACAGACUCACCAGUACAGCGCCUUCUAUAUGAACAAACAGUAAGUGUUUUUUUCUUCUUCUCUGGGUACGUUCCUCUCUUUCCCUGUAAAUAUUACCUGUUUAAUUGCGCCUGUAGUUUACGGUGCACCUGUGUACUGUAGCUUGGGAUUCUGUGCCAAAACACAUAUAUCUGAGAAGCUAAAGUGCCCUUUGAGGUAUUUUUUCCUUCUUUUACACAUCCAUGAAGCUGCUGCCAUUAAAAGUUAAUAGGACGGGUUAGUAUGAAUACCAGUGUAAACAUGUUCUGGAUUUCACAUGAGAAAAUGUGGCUCUUUUUAAAGCAGGAUUGUCCAGUUUGGGUAAAGAUUAGCUUUAUCCAUUCAACAUCUCAAUGGAUAAAGAAUCUGUCAGCUUAUACAGAAAAAGAACAUAAAUUUUGAGAAAACAUUAAAGGUAAUAUUGAUUUAGGUAAAGCUUCCAAAGUGCCCACUCUCUGCCAAACGACAAUGUGUUUUUCUUUUGCUAUUUGCAGAGAAAAGGAGUUUCUUUUGUUCGUUUUAUGCGUGACAUGCUUCGACUUCAUUGUAUUUCAACCGAAUCCUUUCUUCAAAUCACUUUUUUUGUGUGUGUAUAACCUUUGCACGGCCAUUUAGUACUAUACUUUGAGGCUGAAACACAUGAUAUAUGAACUCCCAGAUGGAGCAUGCUAGCUAUUGUAUGUUUCUUCCCAUUUCAUUCUCUUUGAAUGAAAAAAAAAAAAAAAAAUGUUGAACCCUUUUCCCCCUCUGUGGUGUGGCGCAGUAUGACACCACUAAGUGCAGGCUGGUUUUAUUACUGUAAGAAAAACCACUUAAUCUGUCAGGGACGCAAAGCAAUUAAUAAAUCAAACUCGCACUGGUAAAAGAAAAAAAAAAUGGCCAAAAAAAAAAAAAUCUUCUAGACAUGUCGAAGCCCGCGGGAGCUCGGCACAUGCCUACAGCUGACUGACGGCCCACAAAUACAUCAUCACAGCCUCUUCUAUUCUGCAUGUCAUAAGCUCCGUUUCAAACCGUUGAUGCCUUUUGCAAAGAUUUUAUUUGUAUAGUUGUUUUUCUGUGUUUGGCUAACAACAAAUAUUGAAAAUAUAUUCCUUCUUUGAUAUAAAAACACUAUUUUUCUGGUGUACAUACUGAAUUUUAUUGGGUGAGUAUUCUUUUGUUUUGGAGGAGAAGACUAUAUAGAUAGAUAUUUGAGGAGAAUGCUUUUUCACCCAAACGUUAUGUCAUUUUUAUUGUAUGUGUGUGUGUUUGCAUAUUUAAUAACAUUUAAUAAAGAUGCCAUGAAUUUUGGAGAUCUGA